AUGACCAGGGGUGUUUGGAUGUGUCGGCAGCAAGAUGACGGCUUAAAAAUCUGGUUUGCACCCCGAGAGAACGAGAAGCCAUUUACCGAGUCGGAGCGGGCCCAGAGAUGGCGCCUGUCGCUGGCCUCUCUUCUCUUCAUCACGGUCCUGCUCUCUGAUCACUUGUGGUUCUGCGCAGAGGCCAAACUGACGCGAACCCGAGACAAGUGGCAGGAUAAGCAGCUCGCCUUUACAGACAUGGCCGAGUACCUAAACUUGACUCACCAUCACCACAUCCACUCCUCUGACUCCCGUCCCCCCCACAGCCGCCUAAACAGAGAGCUAGAUGUUAUUUUUAUAGGGAAUUCUACCAAACCUCUAUGGCGACUGGACAUAUGUCACCCGGACAGCCUGUCUAAAGACUGCUUCACUUUCACGGACGCAGAGCCCGUGUGCCUUGGCCUCUCCGGGGGCGGGGAGGAGGGUACGCAGUCCACGGACGUGAAUCUGAGCGAUUUGUAUCUUUCUUUUUGUAAUUCCUACUCUCUUUUGGAUUUGUUUAGCGGGUUUACGAGUCCGGACAAUAUAAACUGCAGGCUGGACGUGGCUGAGGGAGACACGCUGGGAUGCAGCGAGUGUGUUCGCGCUUACCAGCGCUUUGACCGGCAAGCUCAGGAGGACUACCAGGAGUUUGAGCUGCUGGUUGGGAAAUAUGAGACGGAUGAAUACUCGGUCAGGACAUGUAUGGAAGAAUGCAAGACGGUAUAUAAGCCCUGGCUGUGCUCGCAGUACUUCCAGACCACCCAGAUGCACUGCAGUAAGAGGAUCCCGUGUGGCCAGUACUGUCUGGAGGUGCAGCAGAGGUGUCCCUUUAUCCUGCCUGACAACGACGAUCUCAUCCAUGGAGGAAGUCCCAGUUUCAUAUGCACAGGGCUGUUGGAGGAGUACCCUGGGGGUGUGGAUGCAGAUGCAGAGUGCUGUGAUGUCCGGUGGGACUUCCAGACGGAAGCAGACAACAACCGUUCUCGGGGGACCCUCAAAAGAACUCACCCAUCCUGUCACCACCGAACCUCUCUCAGUUCCUCGGCCGCGUGCAGACUGUGCAACGGCCGGCUCAAACUCUGCCUGCUAGUCCUUGUCCUCCUGCACACUGUUGCCUCCCUCACCGCAUCCCACAAUGCAACGGGUGUGGGCUUGGGUCUUCCCGCCUCCCUCACCCCUCUGGAGGAGAGUUCCCCCACCAACGAGGAGUGA